AUGGCACAAGAGCGAGCGCAACGAAGUCCAUUCAUGAGCGAGACAGAUCAACAAAGUAGAACUGUACCAAUUCUCCAGCAACCCCCGACUCUAGUCACUUCUGCCCCAUCUCUAAUGGACAUGGAGGUGACACCGACGAGUACCACAGCCAUGAAUCCCCCCCCAGCUCGAACAAGUCCAGAUGAUAUGGAGACAAACGGAGGCUUACACGACCAAGGAAUGGGAGAUCAGCCGCAGAGUGGCAGUCUUGGGCCUCCCAAUGCUGCAGCGGCUGCCCAGCAACCCAAAGUGGUUCAAACUGCAUUCAUUCACAAGCUUUAUAAUAUGUUGGAGGAUCAAUCGAUCCAACAUCUUAUAAGCUGGUCCAACAGCGCCGAAUCGUUCGUUAUGUCACCAUCUAACGACUUCUCAAAAGUUCUUUCACAGUAUUUCAAGCACACGAAUAUCUCGUCAUUUGUCCGACAGCUAAACAUGUAUGGCUUUCACAAAGUCAGUGACGUAUUUCAUACGGGCAGUCCAGAUAGCCCGCUCUGGGAAUUCAAGCACGGUGGAAAUAGCUUCAAACGUGGGGACCUCGUGGGACUACGAGAGAUCAAGCGGCGAGCGUCGAGACAUGCAUUAGUCCACAGAGACUCGUACUCUGCUCCAAAACCUCAGCUUUCUCAACCAGGAACACCAGCAGAGCCGAUACACGCUAUGCAAGAAUCUGCCGACACAAGACUGACGAACGUUGAACAUACAUUAUACGAGAUGCAUGCGAGGCUGCAAAGAAGCGAGGAUAAUUCGCAAUUCAUGCACGUCAGAAAUCAGGUGGUUAUGGAAGCUUUAUCGCGGUCACUCCAGAUAAACCAUGACAUGUCAAGAGCGAUACUCUCAUUGACGCCGAAUCCGGAUUCUCCUCUUUAUCGAGAUGUCGUCAACAUGCAGGGAGAGAUACAACGACAGAUUGAAGUCAUUCGAUCGUUGGAUGAGCCACCAGAGCCUCCAUUUUCGGGAAGUCGGCCCUACUUCUCCAACCUCUCACUUGACCCCCCUUCGCCUCGCCAGGUACCGCAAGACGAUCCACGUCGAGCACCUAUGAUGGGCAGCGUACCUCCUCCACGCCAGAACUUCUACCGCCCACCAGUUCCAUCCCAUCUCUCCAUUACUCCUCGCAGAUAUGGCUCAAUUGGGGCAGCCACCACCUCUCAAUCUUCACCAAGCUCCUUGCGAUCCCAAGUUCCACCACCACCUCCACCUCCCCAUCCUCUUGCAACGGUUGCAUCUCCACCAACAAACCUUCCUCGCAGACACACUUCGGCAGACAUUCGAAACGUACAAGGGUGGCAAGCCAAUCAAUCUCCCUUUGCCUCUGGUCAAUCUUCCGCUCUGUGGCCGUCAUCCCCUAAGAGGGGCCCUACACAGCUUUCAGAAGAGCAACAUAUCCGAGAUAGUUUCAGCUCUUACUCGCUUACGACGGCCUCCUCCCAAGGCCGGACCGAGGGCUCUCGCCCCGCUACGCCACCUUAUUCGAAUGGUAACACCUCCGAUCAUCUGAAUAGCUGGUCAUGGGGAAGUGGACGAGACAAAGGCCCAACGAGUCUUUUCAGCAAUAAUUCCGGCCCGCCUACCAGGAGAGGUAGCAUGGCCCAUAUUCUCAACCCGGCCGAGACAGCCGAGCGGGAAGAAGAGCACGAAGAGGAGCUGAGAGACGAAGACCGGAAGCGGAAACGAGUACAAUAA